UUUAUUAAAUAUUUUUAAUUUAACAUGAGCAUGAAAUUAACUGUGACUGUGAUGUCAUGCUGCCGCUUGUUUUUGUUUGUUUACUACCUCAACUACAGAUUGAUUUGGUUUGAUUAAAUCUUAGAAAGUAUUUAAUUUUUUUGAUACAUAGAAAAAUUCAUACAAAGAGUGAGACGGUUUCAGAUUCUAACGCAAUAUUGCUGCAAUAACCCUUACGUUUAAAAAACUCCGAAAUAUGAAUAUUUUGUGAAGUAGAAGGAUUUUGACUGCGAAUCAUAAUGGCUUAUCACGACAAUUUGAGAACCAUCCCUCUGACUGAAAAUUCUGAAUCCGAGGAAGAUGGAGAAAUAGAAAAAGAUAGUUCACCCAAAGAGGAAUCAAUUCAUAACCAAGAUGAUCAAGAUAGUGAAAGCUCAAAGGAUGAAGGGGCAGAAUCUCUUGACAUCAAACCUCCUCAAGCAACACUCAAGUCUGAAAGUUCCAGAAAAGAAGACAAAAAGAAAAACAGACACAGAAAGCACGAUUCUCGAAGGCGGGAGCACCACCGCGGCCACGAAAGGAGUUCUCAUAGAGAUCGAACUGCUACUUGGGUCAGAGACUCCAACCGAAAAAGCAACCGUGAAGGUGAUAGUCGAAAUGUACGCUAUAGAGACGAGCCCAACCGAGAAAAAGACAGAGAUAAUCGUAAAGAAGAAAUUCGCAUUGUGUCGGCUGAUGUGAGAGAAAUUAGAUUAAAGAAGGAUUUGAGGGAAUCGAGAGGUGAUGCUAAACUCAAAGAUGAAAGACAUGUAGAUAGCUUUGAAGAAAAAAAGAAAGAGUGGAGACAGAAGCGCUUACUUUUCAUGGAAAAAAAACGUGAAGAAAAUAAGACACAGCUUGACAGGUCUUGGAUAAGGGAUGAUAACUUAUCUAGCGGUAGAGAUCUGCGUGAAAAACUUAGAGAGAAAGAAAGGCUCCAUCAAGAAAGGGAAAGACGUUUAGAAAGAUUUCGUAGUCCACCUAAGGAAUCAAAGGAUGCGCCAUCUGCGGUGACUGAAGAAAGAAAAGAGAAAGAACUUCAUAUUACACCAGAACCAUUUGUGGAUGAAGAACCCAUGGAUUAUGAAGAAGAUAAAGUAGAUGAAGAUGAAAGUGAUGAGAAUAGUGAUGAAAAGGAAGAUAAAGAUGGAACAGAGAGUGAUUCAGGAAGUGAUACAGCAAGUGAAAGUGAAGUUCAACAAGAGCCAUUAUCACAAAAAUCAGAUGCUGUUUUAGCUUCCAGUCACAAUUCAAAAGGAGAAGAUGAAGAAGAUGAUGAUGAGGGUGCUGAUGAUGAAUCAUCUGAUGCUGCAUCUGAAGAAGAUGAAGAAGAAGAAGAAGAAGCGGAUGAACAAACUAAAUCGGAAGCAAAGCCAGUUGAACCAGCUGUUCCAAAUCCGAUCCCGGUUAAAGUAGAAGCUCCAACAGAAGUGAAAAUCACUCUUCCAACUUAUUUGCCUGCCAUUCAGGGCUGUAGAAGUGUUGAAGAGUUCAGUUGUUUGAAUCGAAUUGAGGAAGGAACAUACGGUGUGGUGUAUCGUGCAAAAGAUAAACGAACAAAUGAAAUAGUCGCCUUGAAGAGGUUGAAAAUGGAAAAGGAAAAAGAAGGGUUUCCAAUCACAUCUCUGAGAGAAAUUAAUACAUUAUUGAAAGCUCAACACCCUAAUAUAGUAGUUGUUCGUGAAAUAGUUGUUGGCAGUAACAUGGACAAGAUUUAUAUAGUUAUGGAGUAUGUCGAGCAUGAUCUGAAAAGUCUAAUGGAAACAAUGAAGCAACCUUUUCUAGUGGGUGAAGUCAAAACUUUAAUGAUUCAACUGUUGCAUGCUGUUGCCCAUUUACACGACAACUGGAUCCUUCAUCGAGAUCUAAAGACUUCUAAUUUAUUACUAAGUCAUAAAGGAAUUCUAAAGGUUGGAGAUUUUGGUCUUGCAAGAGAAUAUGGUUCCCCUCUUAAACCAUACACACCAGUUGUUGUCACACUUUGGUACAGAGCACCUGAAUUGCUCUUAGGAGCAAAACAAUAUUCUACUCCCAUUGACAUGUGGUCCGUUGGUUGCAUUUUUGGAGAAUUACUGACCAUGAAACCACUCUUCCCAGGAAAAUCUGAGAUCGAUCAACUCAAUAGAGUUUUUAAAGAUCUUGGUACCCCCAGUGAAAAGAUAUGGCACGGCUACAAUGAUCUUCCUUUAGUAAAGAAAGUCACUUUCACAGAAUAUCCUUAUAACAACUUGAGAAGUCGUUUUGGUCACAAUUUUACAGAUUUAGGUUUUGAUCUCCUUAACAGAUUUUUGACAUAUAAUCCAGCUAGGAGAAUAACAGCAGAAGAAGCCAAAACUCAUGCUUUCUUUGAAGAAAAACCAAGACCCAUUUCCCCCUCUAUGUUUCCCACAUGGCCUGCAAAAAGUGAACAACCCCACAGAAAACAGCACAGCCCUAAACCACCCUCUGGAGGAAAACAAUACGCUAAACAAAUGGGGGAAGUGGAUGAUGAAGGGUUGAUGGCAGCCGCUGGUUUUCAUAUGGCUGGUGCUCAUGCUGGCCAGUCUGCUAAAGGAGGUGGAUUUAGUUUGAAAUUUUAAUGUUAAGUUUAAAUUAUGAUUGUGUAAAUAAUGUAAUAAAUAUUUUAUUUUA